GUUUACUGCUUGAAACCUAAGAGGACACAAGGGUUAAGAGAUAAGGAGCUGUUGCAGAUAUUGGAAGUGAAGGUAUCUGUCUCUGUAAUCACUAAGGCUGUGUGGGUAUCAUGGUUACCUCCUCCUAAUGGGAUAUUGAAGUUAAAUGUUGAUGGAGCUGGUAAUCCUG